AUGUGGAUUGUUGUGGAGCAGCGGCGACGGGCGACUGAGCUGUACACAGCGGCGCAAUCUCACACGCCGACGCGCCGCAGCAACAGCAGCAGUGGGGCCCGCAACAGCAGCAGCUCUCUGCGACGAGUGACUGCGGCCUUGCUGCUGGUGGUAGCAUACCUUGCGGCGAUUGUGCCGCCCACUUUCGGUACAUGUCCGCUGUACCCCCCCGCAUUACCGAAACCAACCACCAACCACCCAUCUGCGAACCACAACAUGCAAAUAAUAAAACAUUUCGUGGCACUCCCUUUGUGCUUUUGUACCCUGCCCGUGAAGCCUGGCGACCCCAGCCUGGCCUUGCCGUGUGGUUGCUCGGACGUGGACCCCCGGGAUUCCUUCCUUCAAGCCAAUGUGGCGUACUCGUGCUACGACCAGGCUCGCUUUGGCUCAUGCAACCAGGCCUUCAUGCUGGAAACACCCGAGGAGGUCCCCGAGGGCAGUUACUGCCAAAUUAGCUGCGGCCGUUGCCCCUGCUGUCCCACACUGGACGGCGUGCUCCGCGCCAAGGGCCUGGAGAUGUUCAGAUGGCUCCUGAGCUUCUCUGACGAGGGAUCCAAAACCAAGAUGCCCGGCUACAUGGCGACACUGCUAGCCCCCACAGAUGCCGCUGUGUGGACCGCGCUCAACAGGCUGGGUUACAGCAGCAAGGAGGCCGUGGAGGGAGAUGGCUCGGCCAAGGCCAUUCUAUCGGAUAUCGGCCGCUAUCACGUGCUGCACCCCGUGGAGCCGCUCAAGGCCACCUGGACGACCCCCUUCAUGCGAGGAGAUGUAGCCAUGUAUACCGCCGUAUCGAAUGGUAAGACAGUGUCCGCACGGCAGGAUGCAAACAGCGGCAAGGUCACCGUAUCGAGUCCCAAGAGCAGUGCUACUAUCAUCGAACGAGACCUGUAUGCGUGCAAGGGCUUUGUGCAAGUGGUGGAUGCAGUGCUCGUUCCAUGGGCUAUGAAGGGCUACGCAUGA